AUGGAUGAAAAACGAGAUUUAAAUUUGAUUUCUUUCUUGAAAAAUAUAUCUUUAUCAAUAAAAACCAAACAUCAUUCCAAAAAUAAUUCGAAAUAUCCUUAUCUUGGAUGUUCUCAAGACAUAAAAGAUUUCAUAACUCAAUUUUUCAUUAGAACAAUAACUACAUUAUCAACAAGUUCAUCUAAUUCAAAACCAUUGCCAAUAACUCUCCCUUUGUUACCUUCCGUUAACGCAUGUACUCGAUGCAAAAAUAUCUUCCCUAAUGAAUAUAAUCAAUGGUGCAAUUCAUGUGAAACUCUAUUAUUUCAACAAAAAUUCCAUACUUGGAGUUCCGGAAAUGAUCAAGUAGAUGAAUUCAUUCGUAAAACUCAAUUAACUUGUUUCAGAUCUCCUACGAAUAUUAAUGGCGAAUUUGAAGGUCCACAACCAUUAUUACGAUUUAUUCCAUCUGUUGAAUAUUCAAAUAUUUCAUUAAUAGGCCAAGGAGGAUUUAGCAAUGUGUAUCGUGCAACAUGGAAUCAAAAUAUUUUAUUUGGAACACUUAAAUGGUGGACUAAAGAGAUGGAAAAGCAAAAUGCCGAAGCGCUUUAUAAGAUUAUCUAUGAGGAAGCAUCAGACAAUAUUAAGCAAAAUGGGAUUAGUGUGAAAAAAAAUUUAGGUCAUGGUGAUUUGAAAAAAUACAAAAGUUUUAAAAAGAUAACGAAAAAAUUUGGACAUUCAAAGUCUAAACAUAGUUUGGAAAGUUGGUGUGAUAGAGUUGUCGCUAGAUUUGAUAAUGAGAUUACCCAAGGACAUAUUAUCAUACCUGAUGAACGAUAUACUGGAACUACACCCCAAUACGUAGCUUUAAAACAAUUAAUAAAUUCUCAAGAUAUCUCUGGUCCUGAUUUUGUUCGCGAGUUACAAACAUAUUAUCGUUGCAUGAAUUCGGGAAGAAUUCCUCAGCUUUAUGGGAUAUCACGUGAUAAAGAAACAAAUGAUUUUAUAUUAGUAACUCAAUACACUUCUGGCGGUGAUUUACGACAACACAUUCAUAAAAAUUUUAUACAUAUGGAUUGGUGGCGUAAAGUUGCCAUCUUAUUUGAUAUGGCGAAAAGUAUAAAGUCAAUUCAUAUUCAUGGAUUUGUUCAUCAUAAUUUUCACAGUGGCAAUGUGUUAAUUGAUAUUGAUCCUAAUAUUCCUGGCAUGAUAAUGCAAUAUGAACAAAAUGAAAUGAUUUCGACAUUCAAACAUGACAAAAAAGAUUUACUGAAAAAUUGGGAAAAAAAUCAAAUAGAAAUUUCUGAUAAUGAAGAUUUUUCGUCAUUUAUCCCAAAAACUAUUAUUGAUGAUGAGUCAUUUGAUUGUGAAGAUUCAAUAUUACUUGACCCAAAUGGUCCUUUUAGUGAUUUACCAAGACAAAAAAGAGAACCACCACCAGAGUCUUGGGAUUUUAAAUUUUUAUCAGAAUUUGAACAAAGGGUUGCUAUGAAUCCCUAUGCGGCAAUAAUUGGAUCGCCAAUACGUAGAUGCUUCUAUCAUGAUCGUUGGUUUCCCAAUGAUUUCAUGGUUAGAUUUAUAAAAGCAAAUGAUCAAAUAACAAAUUCAACAUGGAUUGUACCGGAUUUUGUUGAAACUGGAGGUGUAAAGAGACCUGGUAAAGGAAGAUGGUUAAAAGCUAAUUCAGAAGUAAUAACAUUAACCACAAAAGAAGGAAAAUACAAAUAUAUAGACAAUGUUGCAUUUUGGAGGCCUGAUAUGAAUGAACAUAUUUGGAGAAUAUUAAGGGAAAGGGCAACCACAAGGUUAACAAGAUUUUUUAGUAUAUUGCCAAGUCGAAGAUUUCCUGCUAGAAGAGAUAGAGUUUUAUUGCAAGUUUUACCACAAGAACACUUUAUUUCAAAAACUGAUCAGUCAACCCAGGAUGAUCUUAUUUCAUUACGUUUUAUAGGAGAAGAUAUUAAUAAGGAUAUAUCGAUGGAAGAUAGUAAAGAUUGGAAAAAUGAAUCAUUAGAUUCAGAAUCUGAAGAAAUAAAAAUUCCUUCAAAACCAUUUGGUGCAAUACAUCCAGUGACAUAUCGUGUCUUGGAUGAAAAAGAUAAUUUUAUAAGAUAUGAAACACAAUUUGUUCCAUUUUAUGAUAUAUAUAGUAUUUGGGGUAAGAGAGGAAUAGCAAGAUUAAAAGGAUUUUUGAAGCUUAAUUAUUAUGAGAAUCCAAUGUUAGGAUUAUUAACAGAUAAGAAUACAAAACAAUUGGCUCUUAGUUUAUGGAAGUUGAGAGGUUUUGUCAUAUAG